CGCCCUCUGCUGCGUGCCCUGCUGCGCGAAUCCACCUACCUGCCUGAUUCCGAGGCUCGCACCCGCCUGCACCACCACAUCAUCCAGCGCUUUCGCAAAUACACCCCACGCCCGUCACUCGUCAUAAAUCGCGAGCCACCGGAACCUUUUACCCCCGAACGUCUGCUCAGCGUCCUUCACAAUGGGCAGAAGAGCCUGAAUCUCCUGCGCCGCGCCAACCAGGGCGAGGAUAAGGCCCUGCUUAAUGUCCUGCUGUGGACCUACGGCCGCAUCGGCCGCCGCCGCCGCGACCUGCUCAGCGAAUUACUCGUCCCAGACCCGGGCACCGAGAGCCAGAUCUACGAGGCCAGCUUGACUAGGCUAAGAACCGCCGCCGACCCGACCGCCAUCGACCACCUCCCCCGGCCCGUCCAGGCGCCCACGCGCAAGCCCGACGAAUACUCGCGCCUGCUCGCCAUGAUGCGCAGCCAGCGGUCCAGCAACAACCAAUACGCGGAGAAGACAAAGUUCCGCCACAUGCAGGUCGAGAUCCCGCUGCGCAACAUCUGGGAGCGCCCGUUCCCGCGCAAGCGCGAGAAAAACCUCGUGCGCAAGUGGUACGCGACGAUGCUGGACAAGCUGGUGCCGCCGCUGCCCGAGGAGGACUGGACGCGGCUGCGCGACCUGGCCACGGGCGCGCGCAAGUGGGAGGGCGUGAAGCCGCGACGAGCGCGCCCAACGCCGCACUUCUCGGAGAACGCAGUGCUAGACGUGCUGCUGGAGGACGGCCUCGAGCUGAAGCGCACACACAAAGGCCUGGCGAGGGUCCGCGAGCACCACAUCACGGAGCGGCUGAUGCGGCGCAUGUGGGCGAAGGUGUUUGAGCGCUGUCCCGUCAUG